AACAAGAUUUCCUUUGUAGGUUGUUCACUAAACAGGAUGCUUCAGUUUGAGUCAUGUUCUGGUACUUGGAAGGCCUAGGAACAAUUCCUUCUCCAGCCUCAGAGAUGAACGGAAUAUUUUCUCGUCAAAGCGAGUAGUAUUUUAUUAUUGAUGAUACUGACGGGAUGAUGCGCGUACUGAUUCUGAUGUUAUCCUGUUUUGUCUCUGGCGGGACCGUUCGAGUGAGCACAACAUGCACCCCUGAGGCUUGCCUAACGUUGCAUUUGGAGGAAAAACUUUUUGAAAAAGCCUCAGAAGACUGUAUCAACAAUGGCGGCAAUUUGGUUACUAUGAGAAAUGAAAAUGAACUUCAGAGCAUCAAAUCGGUUCUUUUAGCAGCAGGAGAAUACAACAUCCUUAACUCUAAAGUUUGGAUCGGGCUUGCGCUACAGAAAAGAAACUGCACCGAUUUCACUGAGGAAUUAAACGGCUUCAGAUGGACGUCAGCGCCAACCGAUUCCAAAUAUUCCAACUGGAAAAAGAAACCUUUGAGCACGUGCACGGAAAAAAGGUGCGUGUCGAUUUCACUGGUAGAUGGUCUCAAGUGGUCCGAUGGCUCAUGUAGAGACAGCGCAUUUUAUAUGUGCAAAUUUCUCUUCAAAGGAAUGUGCAAACCAAUUCUGUUGGAAGAACCAGGUGAUGUCAAAUAUAACGUUCCGUUCUUAUUUAAACCGCUAACUCCAAAUGAAAGGUUGGCGAUGUUACCACAUGGGACAUUGGCUAAAAUACAAUGCGGCGGCUCGGAAGAUGCAAAAACGUUUGACUCAAUUUGUGUCAACAAUAACGCUCUUUUUGGCUGGACAACUGAGCGUUUUUGCGCACGAAAUGAAAGUUGCAAACGCAAAAACGGAGGCUGUGAUCACCAUUGUUUUGAGACUGCAGGAGCAGGUGUUCGUUGUGAAUGUCGUGAAGGCUAUUACCUCAAGGAUGAUAAAGUGAGUUGUGCUCUCAGAAAUAACUGCGAAAAUUCACCUUGCGAAUCAGAGUGUAUACCGACUGCCACUGGGUUUUCAUGCGCAUGCGCGGAGGGAUUUCAUUUGACUGAAGACAACGUCAGUUGCGUUGAUAUCGAUGAAUGUCAGCAACGUACCUGCGGUGAACACAGGUGUCAAAACACGCCGGGAAGCUAUUUUUGUGAGUGUAAACCCGGUUUCAGGCUUGUUGCUGGCAAAUGUGAAGACGUGGACGAAUGCACCGAAUUCAGUUCGCUUGUUCAGUUCAGUUGUCAACAGGGCUGUCUCAAUUCACAGGGUUCAUUCUCUUGUUACUGCCACGCAGGUUACAGUUCAUCAUCAAACGAUAGCAGGAAAUGUAUAGAUAUCGAUGAAUGUGUCAGUAGACCGUGUGAAGAUAUCUGCCUCAAUACCUUGGGUAGUUUCAAAUGUUCCUGUAGGGAAAACUUCAUUUUGGCUAAAAAUGGCAUCAGCUGCGUCCCGGAUCCCACGGAGAAAAUACAAAUCACUCAAUCUCCAGAUCACAGAGGAGAGUUCAUCACUAAACUGAGUCAGUUACCUGUCACUUCUGGACCGUCAACAGUCAACACCCCUCCACUUAACAAGACAAACACUAAAGCGGACUCUAGUAAACGCAAAGAAAGUUUUCUCGGAAGUUAUUGGAUUUUGGUGUGUGUCUUGGGUUCAGUUAUUCCAUUGAUUGUGAUCAUUGUGCUCAUGUCUGUCUUUGUUAUCCACCGAUGGAAUCGUUCAAGAAAAGCCGCUUUGAAAAAUGUCACUGCUGACAACUACUGCUGGGUUUCAUCUGGAAUGGACAAAGAGCAUAAAAAGAGCAACAGUCAACUGAAUGAUUAAAUGAAGCCCAAAUAUGAAUGUUCAUUUUCUGUCAGCAUCAAAUUCAAAGGUUAAUUUAGGCUACUCAAAUGCUGUUUCCCCCUUUUUAUAGCCUAUAAAAAUGUGUAGAAUUUUUGUGACUUCCGUCCUUUAAACUGGAAUUCCAGAAUUAUCCUUUUUUUUUGUAAACGUUGGACAAAUUAUUGAAAAUAAUAAAACCACACUGGGAUAGGCUACUAAGUUUAAAGCAAGUUGUAUAUGUUUGUUUUCGCUUUUUACCAUAGUAUUACAUGUUUGCUGUUUAGUUAAUUGCUUUGUUUCAGAAUUAUUUUGCUGAAAACGUCACGAUGGUGGCCUUUGGGACGUAGAGUGAACUUAGUAUUUCUUUCUGGAAAUGGAAUCAUGAUGGAAUUUUACAGUCUGUAUUAGAGAAGAAUGCAAGGUACAUAUAGAGAAAUUAACUUUAAAAAUUAACCUAUUCUGGGAUAUGUCUAUUCAUUUCAUUUGAGUAAAGUUGUGACAAUUUAGCCCACUCUCCCCUUUAAAUUAACUA